GCCGGUGAAGUGACGCAAAGGUUCCUUUAAAAACCAGCAAAAGGAGGACUCUUGAAGUAUAUCGGUGUCAAUAGCAGACGUCUUGAGUGUAGGAGCCAUGUUGUCUAAAAUAAUCUUUGUCCUCGCCGCAGUAUGCGUCAUCAAUGCAGCUGUGCUUGUCAAUGAGCGAAAAGGUGAUCCUGAAGCCGUAUUGUUGUCUGAAAAGAGUGACUACAACGACAACUCCCUUAAUGCUGAAGAGCCUUCCUUCUCCGCCGAUGCAUGGGAUGAACAAGGAAUCUUAAGAACAAAUGAAGAUCUGAUGGUGUCCUCGGCAAGAACUUGCUUAUUCUGGGUUUGCAAUGAACACUGCCGUCGCCUCGGUAACCUCGGUGGUAGAUGUCUUAGCAAUACUAUAUGUGCAUGCUUUUAAAAUUAAAAAAUA